ACUAAAUUACCCGUACACCAUUGCCUCUGUAAACUAAUGCUGAAUCCCACGGUAAGGCACAACAAGCGACAAAGUCCAGCGUUGGCACGCGGAAACUUCUCCGGCCAACGAAGAGGAGGGUAGAAAUUAAGGGAGAAAGGAGGAGGAGGAGGAGGAGCCAAUUGUGGGUUGCUGAGAUCCAAAGAUGCACGCCAAGACCGACUCCGAGGUCACGAGCAUCGCGCCCUCGUCGCCCGCCCGGCCGGUGUACUACGUGCAGAGCCCGUCGCGUGACUCCCAUGACGACGCAGAAGAACUCGAAGCCGGCUCCUCCUCGCCCUCCCCCUCCUGUCUUCGGUUUCGACGGCGGCGACGACGACCAUGACAUCGAGAGAUUGAGGAGCAGCACAAAAAGGCAAUGGAAGAGGAUUCGACUACGACGGGAUUUACGACGAGAUGAAGGGGAAGAUUGCGCGCCCCAAGGUUCAGGAUCGAACGGAGAGAAAGGUACACUUUUGCAUACGUUUGAAUGAAAAGAUCCUUUUGAUUACGCUGAUGAUCGCAUGGAAUUACCAUAUUACCAUGUUUCGCGGUGAUAUAUACAGGUUUUUAGUGUCAUCACUGUAUGUCAUGGUUCUUUGCUUGGAUUCAUUGUCUUGUGCAUUUUGUGCUGUAAUGUCUAGAGGUUUCUGGUGUCAUCAUCAUUGCAAGUUCUGCUUCUUUAUGUGGAUUCAUUGUUCAGCUGCUACCUAUCUCGAUAGGCAGCUUUCUUCGUCAGUAAUUAUAUAUGGAGAUGACUCUGGUGACACAACUGACCAAAUAAUCGUGAAAUAGGAACAGAAAUCUAAUUUUGUUGGUGUUGUGUAGCAUUAAAAGAACCUCAAAUAUAGAGAGAGAUUGGUCGGAGAAGCAUUAGACGGAUGUGGCUUUCCAGGUGUUCAUCUGAACAGUAGUUCUACUUGUGUGUUGGUGGAGAUAAAGCAGAGGCCAACAAAAAAGUAUCAGACAGACAUCCAACUCGUUUGUCUUGUCUCUGCCCCUCUGUUCGACCGAACAACUGUGCUCAUCUAAUUUAUGGUACAAGCAGUGACUCCAUUGCUGCAGCUUGUUUCAGAGAAAGUGAAACAAAGCGGGGAAUCAUCUGAUAAAGAAGUCAAAGAACAGGCUGCAUACUGUGCGCUGCCAAUCUGGCUGGGUAAAAGGAGCUGUGACAUGGUUAAACGACAUGCAUGGUCUGAGAGCUCCGUGUAUGGGACAGCGCAAUGUGUGCAAGCUUUGGUUUUGUUGGACCCAAAUUUUCUGGUGCUACAGAGGCCAUGGUCUUCACCAACAUUUAGAAUGAAUAUUUCUCAUAAAUAUAUAUAUAAUUAAAAGGUAUUCAGGGAUUUUAUUUUUUGGCAAUAUCAUCACAUUAUCGGAUCUAGAAUAAUAUAACCGGAGAAUGAACAUGUUCACAAUAAACGCAGCUUCUGAAAUCAAAGACAUGGCUUGAAUGCUGCAUAAUGAGAAAGGAGACACAGAAGUAGGUUUUACUCAUCAAAAGUCAACAUUCUAAUCCUGCAUUUGCAAGAGAGUCCAUGAUUAGUCAAUGGUCUUAGCAUCAUCCGAACUGUAAUCCUAUAUGGUCAUUGCAGCUUCUUGUAUCACAAGGUGGAAAUAUUUCUCAUCGAAUCAAUUUCUUAUUCCAAUUUGUUUUCUUUUUCUUUUGAUUUUAUUUUUAUAAUAUCCACAAAGGGUUAUCUUAAAUUUUACUAUAGCUUGCUGGAUAUAAACUGGGAGUUGGUUGGAUGAGAGGACUUAUAAUAUAAACUAAAUCAUGAUGGUUUCGUCAGUGAGAUUAAAGAGGAAGAAUUAUGUUAUGUUAUUAUAUAUGGUGUUAAUGAUCCAUUUCUGCCUAAGCAAAUGUAUGUGAAUCACCGAGAUAUGCUCUUCUACAAGGCUUUUUCUUACCAUAUUAGAAAAUUUUAAAUGAUAUAAUAUAUUUUUUUAUUAAAAUAUUAUAAUAAUUAUAUAAUUAAUUAUAUUGAAGUCAGAUGACUCGUCACGACAUAAUAUUAUACCUCACAUACAUCAGGUCAUAAUUAGAUUAUGUAGAAUUUGUAAUAUCUCGACUCAUCUUAGAUAUAAAAUUAAUAUAAUUUAUAAAAAUUAAAUUUAUUUAUUUAUUAAUUUUAAUUUAAAAUUUUAAACAGUGAUUUCAACUUAACAAAAUUGACGAUCCAAUCAACUCAACCAAGAUUAAAUAGAGUUUAUUUUUAUUUAGAAAUUGAUUUUUAUGACAUGGAAACACAAAAACGACUAUAAAAAAAUCCAAAUAAGGUGAUUUUUCUUUUGUUGUUGUUGUUGACAUGACGUGUUGUAUGAAACCGUCUUUGUGUAUGCUUUCCACCCUUUUUUGAUACGUAUCUGUGCCAGGAAAACCGGUAGGUCGUUGAGUUGUUCUCGCUCUCUCACGAUGCUCACUUUUACUUGUCCAAUUAUAAGGCAGGUAAUUGAACGCGUUUGCCGGAAAGAGUAAGAGAGUUUUGUCAUGACACCUCGUCGGCCUAGGAUUACUUAUCCUCUCCCGAGGCGUAUGCUAACUCCCUUCCUCGGUUCAUUCGAUAUUGGUGGGGCUUCGAUCGGAUACCGGACUCGGAACGAUCGGAGGUCGAAUUUUAGUGCUUUCUGACCUUUUCCCCGGACCAUCCAACUGAAUCUUGAGUGGUUCUAUGCGAGAUUCAUGGGUUUUCGGCGUCUAUUUGGGUUUUUGAUCCAACCAAAUCGGUGAGUCCUUCGAAUUGGAGCCCAGCGAUGAUUGAUUCGUUCUGCGAACUAGGGCUUUUCUUGAGCCCUAAUUGUUUAAGAGCUCGGAGCUCGUCAUUGGGAGAUCGAUCCAUCACUUUCUUAUUUGUUCUGCAAGAGGGAUGAAGAAGUACGGACUCCAGCUUCGAUUUUCGCUGGCGCAGAAGACCUCGAAGCCAGUUCCUCCUCGCCCUCCCCCUCUUGCCUUCGCUUUCGACGACGACGACGACGAGGAUGACAUCGAGAGGGAAAUCUCACGGCAGGCGUCCAAGAAUAAGUCUCUCCAGAAGAUCAAGGAGCAGCACAAAAAGGCAAUGGAAGAGGAUCCCUCAAUCUUCGACUACGGCGGGGUUUACGAUGAGAUGAAGGGGAAGAUUACGCGCCCCAAGGUUCAGGAUCGAACGGAGAGAAAGUAUAUAGAAACACUUAUGGAGAAAGCAAAACAACGUGAGGGGGAACAUGAAAUUGUUUAUGAGAGGAAGCUACUGAAAGAGAGGAGCAAGGAUGAUCACCUUUUUGCAUAUAUGGAAAAGUUUGUAACCGGUGCCUACAAGAAAAAGAUAGCAGAACAAGAAAAAUGGUUGGACGAAGAGAGGCUGCGCCAAAUUCGUGAAGAAAGAGAUGAUGUAACCAAGAAGAGUGACUUGAGCGAUUUUUACUUUGGGCUCGGUGAGAAUGUAGCUUUUGGUGCUCAGUCAAAAGAUGCCACAAAACGGACGGAACAAAAGCCACCCGGAGGCACUUCAGCGGUACCUGAACAUGGCCCUACUGAGAAGAAUGCACAAACAGAUUAUACUCGGGAUACAGAGAAAGAUGAUACCCAAGCCAAGACUUCUAGUCAUACUCAGAACAACUCUGAGCAAGCUAUAGAGUUAACAACAUCAGAUGUUACUGUAAAAGAUUACGAUGAUGGUGAUAAAUUGGCAGUUGUGGAUCAAUCAACUGAACGUUACACGAGAGGUGAUGACGCAUUGGCUUCAGCAAGAGGGCGUUUUUCUAACUCGAAAGAGAGCAAGACAGCAGUUGGAAAGCAAUUGUUUCGUCUCUAUUUAGCACUUAUAUCUCGAGUUAAAAUUGGUAUUCUCUGA